AUGGUGAGCGGCGCGCAGCAGGGCCGGCUGCUGCACAUGCUGGUGCGCCUCUCCCGGGCGAGGCGCGUCCUCGAGGUCGGCUGCUUCAGCGGGUACGCGGCGCUGUGGAUGGGCCUCGCCCUGCCGGAGGGCGGCUCGCUGCUCAGCCUCGAGCGCGACGAGCGGGCGGCGGCAGUGGCGCGGAGGCACCUCGACGCGGCCGGCGUCGGCUCGCGCGUCGAAGUGCGGCUGGGCGACGCGCUCGAGGCGCUGCGGGCGCUGCCCGAGGGCGAGCCGCCCUUCGACCUCAUCUUUGUCGACGCCGACAAGAAGAGGACGUGGGAGUACUACGACCUGCUCGUCUCGCGGCGCCUGCUCGCGCCGGACGGGCUCCUCCUCGUCGACAACGUGUUGUGGAAGGGGCAGGCGGCGCUCGCGCUUCCGGCGGCGGAGCGGCGGUCGAUGGCGCUGCGCGACGCGCUGCACGGCUUCUCGACCCGCCUCGCCAGUGACGGGCGAGUGCAGCAGCUGCUGCUUCCCCUCCGCGACGGGCUCACGCUCGCCACGUUGGCGCCUCCA